CUCGCCGUCAUCGGCAAAACUGCUCACUGCAACUAAGGAAAAAGGAUUUCUUCCUCGGCUAAUAACCUGUUCAUCCGACUAUGAACGCAAGCUAUUUCCUCGUGCUCCUGGCCCUGCUAAUGCCUCUGGCCAUGUGCCAUCCCCAGCCCUCCCUGGAUGAGGACAAGGAACAAGAGUAUGGAGAGAUGGCUCAGUCAGAUGAUGGUGAGGAAGAUGAUUCAAAUCUGGAAGGCAUGCUGAGAAUGAUCCAGCAGAGGGGAGGAGAUGAAGAUGAGGAUGGUGGAGAAAAUGCACUGGUGAUGCAGGACGAAGACGGGAAUGAUGAAGCUGGCAUGCAAGCACAAAAACGCUGUGCGACCCACAUCUACGUGAUGGGAUUCACGUCUGGAUCGGGCAAUUCCAAUUCACGCAACCUACCCUACCUGUUUGUCGACCUCUACAACCACGAGGAGGGCUCCGCUCGGUUCCCCAACAACCCCGGCAAGGACAUGCGCAAAAACAAGGGAGACUUCUGGAAGUUCAGUCUCAAGAAAGACCUCAAGCUGACAAAGUGCUGCAUCACCAAGGCCGAUAUUAAGAAGAUCGUCGUACGCAAUGGAGGCAACGACGGAUGGAAGAUUGAGUCCAUCUUCACCAUCCUGCGUUCCGGGUCGUAUUACACUGUCGUGACGGCCGAUGUCGGACUCAACACAAUCGUUGAUGGGAAUCCAAAGGGGAAGAAAGCCUUCCGCCAAAUCUCACUCACCAAGACAUACGACUCCUGAACACAACUGUAAUGACGAACUGUAAACUCUUGCAUUCACAAUUUGGAGAUGCAUUAAAUAUAUAGCAGCUAACUGUAUAAACUUCAUUGCAUGCAUAUCAGCUGAAAUGUAAACCAUUGAAAGUGUGUCAGCAAAGACAAGAUGCAUGUGCAGAAGGAAACCGUUUAGCUGCAUCAGUAGAUAUAAAUCUUGACUGUAUAAUAAUUAUACACAUAUAUACCUCGAGUAUAAC